AUGGAUGCUGGUUUAAAAGCUGGUCAAUUUAGUAUUUAUUUAGGAAAUAAUGAAGAUCAUUUACGUUAUCGAAUUGAAUCUUUUUAUAAUCCAAUGCAACAGAUUGAACUAUGUACUUAUCCAUAUAAUAAUGUUAUUGGAAAAUUAAAUGUUCGUCAACUUGGAAUUUUUCAUGAAGCUAGAUUUGAAAUAUUACAAACACGAAAUACAUCUAAUCUAUGGUUUACUGGAAAUAUUAAACGACAAUAUACAUGGUUUGCUGAUAAAUAUAUAAUUAAUUUUGCUGAACGAAGAAUAAAAAUGAGAAGAAGAAUUUUUUCACUUACAUUCAAAUUUUACAAUGAAGUCAAAAAAUUAAUUGCUUUAUUCAGAAUGCGAGUUUUCACUGUUACUGUAAUUAAAUAUGAUGUCAAGAUUUUCUCCAAUGAAUUUCCAGAUAGUAUCUAUCUAUUAGCACUUGCUGCACAUGAUAAUAAACGAACAAAAAUAUAUAAUAGAAGUCUUCAUCGACAUUCUUGA